GUAGGGGGAAACGACUGAGAUGAAAUUUCACAUGCAAGCAAGCAAACACACACCCUUCGUUGUUUUGGAUCCCAUUUCCAUUGUGACCGACCCGCCACAGUUUUUGACAUUUUGUCGUGGCGAUCGUUUCUGCUCGACACCUCAGAACACACGAGGACGCAGCCGUUCCUUCUGCCCACUUUUCUUGAUUGCUAGACUCAGAGACUUCAAACCCACCGCUUGCAUUGCAAUCCUUUUCGUCUCCAACAGAUUUCGCUUUGAGAAGCCCUCAGAAAGGAUUUCGGAUCCACCUCUUGUUUUGAUAAUUUUGGAGGUUCUUUUUGGUCUCAGAGGAAGAAUACUUCUGCAGGCACUGGUGAUUGGUUCUCUCAGCUCCACUUCCCUUUGAUAGAAUUCGAAAACCACCAGAGUGAAAUGUGGGAAUCCCAGCCUGGAACUCAUACUGUGAGGUCCCAUGGAGUCAGAGUAGCAACAACACAUAUGCAUGACUGGCUAAUACUUCUAGUGCUGCGAUUGAUUUUAAUUGUUCUAAAUGUUAUCCAUCCAUUUUAUCGCUUUGUUGGUAAAGAUAUGAUGUCCGAUUUCAAGUAUCCUCUUAAGAGUAGCACGGUUCCUCCAUGGGCUGUUCCAAUAUAUGCAAUUAUAAUGCCACUCAUAGUUUUUCUGCUAUUCUAUCUUCGUCGAAGAGACGUAUAUGAUCUUCAUCAUACAAUAUUAGGGCUUCUGUUUUCCGUCCUCAUAACUGCAGUUCUAACUGAUGCCAUAAAAGAUGCAGUUGGUCGCCCUCGGCCUGACUUCUUUUGGCGAUGCUUUCCAGAUGGAAAAGAUGCUUAUGAUCAAUGGGGAAAUGUUGUUUGCCAUGGUGACAAAAGUGUCAUAAGGCAAGGGCAUAAGAGUUUUCCUAGUGGGCAUACUUCAUGGGCAUUUGCUGGCUUGGGCUUCUUGUCACUGUAUUUGGCUGGGAAGAUAAAGGCAUUUGAUGGUAAAGGUCACGUUGCAAAACUGUGUGUGGUUCUUCUUCCUCUAGUAAUUGCAUCUCUUAUUGGCAUUUCUCGGGUGAAUGAUUAUCGGCACCACUGGCAGGAUGUGGUAGCAGGAGGUUUCCUAGGUCUAAUAGUUGCCAUAUUAUGCUAUUUGCAGUUCUUCCCACCUCCAUAUCAUGCUGAAGGGUGGAGGACUCACGCAUAUUUGCAUAUGAUGGAAGAGUCGCGCACAAAUGCAAACAAUGCACGGACCUCUGCCGUUGAGGUUGAAAUCCAACCAAAUCCAAGAAACGGCAAUUCAAUGAGGGGCUUAGCGUUAUCUCGCACCUCCAGCAUACCAGUUGAAGACAUAGAAUACGGAAGGAGAUAGUUAAAAAAUAAAUAAUUUUGUAAGCAUGAGACCACUUGGUUAUUACUAGGUUUGUGGAAUACAUGUACAUAUGUGCAGUUUUGCAGAUUCUUUUUCAUUAUUUGUUUC